UACACAGAGAGGAGCGGCGGCCGUCGGAGGCCCAGGCGUCGCGGCGGUCGCCCCCUCGGCCGACGAGCCCCUGGGCGCGGAGCGGGCGGCGGGCGCGAGCGGCGGCGCCAUGAGUCAGAGGCAGGUGCUGCAAGUGUUCGAGCAGUACCAGAAAGCCCGGACCCACUUCGUGCAGAUGGUGGCCGAGCUGGCGACCAGACCCCAGAACAUCGAGACGCUGCAGAACGCGGGUGUCAUGUCUUUGCUGAGGCCUCUUCUCUUGGAUGUGGUCCCAACAAUUCAACAGACGGCUGCGCUGGCGCUCGGAAGGCUGGCUAAUUAUAAUGAUGACCUAGCAGAAGCAGUGGUGAAGGGUGACAUUCUUCCACAGCUUGUCUAUUCAUUGGCAGAACAGAACCGUUUCUACAAGAAAGCAGCUGCCUUUGUGUUACGAGCAGUUGGGAAACACUCUCCUCAACUAGCCCAGGCGAUAGUCGAUUGUGGAGCGCUGGAUACACUGGUGAUAUGCCUGGAAGAUUUUGACCCUGGAGUCAAGGAAGCUGCAGCCUGGGCUCUUGGGUAUAUCGCAAGACACAAUGCAGAACUGUCACAAGCUGUGGUGGAUGCGGGAGCUGUUCCUCUUUUAGUACUCUGUAUCCAGGAGCCAGAAGUUGCUUUGAAAAGGAUUGCUGCUUCAGCCCUCAGUGAUAUUUCAAAGCAUUCUCCAGAGUUAGCGCAGACCGUAGUGGAUGCAGGGGCCAUUGCUCAUUUAGCCCAGAUGAUCCUGAACCCCGAUGCUAAACUGAAGCGUCAGAUCCUUUCGGCUCUCAGUCAGAUUGCAAAACAUUCUGUGGAUCUGGCAGAAAUGGUGGUUGAAGCAGAGAUUUUUCCAGUUGUGCUCACCUGUUUGAAGGACAAAGAUGAAUACGUGAAGAAAAAUGCUUCUACUUUGAUUAGGGAGAUUGCAAAACAUACACCUGAGCUGUCGCAGUUGAUCGUUAACGCGGGGGGAGUUGCGGCCGUGAUCGACUGCAUCGGGUCCUGCAAGGGAAACAUAAGGCUGCCGGGCAUCAUGAUGCUCGGCUAUGUCGCGGCUCAUUCUGAGAACCUGGCGAUGGCGGUGAUCAUUUCCAAGGGUGUGCCCCAGUUGUCGCUCUGCUUGUCAGAAGAACCAGAAGAUCACAUUAAAGCGGCUGCGGCGUGGGCCUUGGGACAGAUCGGCAGACACACUCCCGAGCACGCCCGGGCCGUCGCCGUCACCAACACGUUGCCGGUCCUGCUUUCUCUGUACAUGUCAACAGAGAGUUCUGAGGAUCUUCAAGUAAAAAGUAAAAAAGCCAUAAAAAGUAUCCUACAAAAAUGCACCUAUCUACCAGCCCUCGAGCCAUUUCUGUAUGAUGCCCCUCCCAAUAUUCUGAAGCACGUGGUCGGACAGUUCAGUAAGGUGCUGCCACAUGAUAGCAAAGCUCGGCGACUUUUUGUAACAAGUGGUGGACUUAAAAAGGUUCAAGAGAUAAAAGCAGAACCUGGAUCUCUCCUUCAAGAAUAUAUCAACAGUAUUAACAACUGUUACCCAGAGGAAAUAGUAAGGUAUUAUUCCCCUGGAUAUUCAGAGACCCUUCUGCAGAGAGUGGACAGUUACCAACCACUUGCUAACUAAACAAAAUUAUACUCAAAUUCACAGCAGAUUAUUUUUGAAUAAGAAUUGUUAAAGCUCUUUUUAAAUAUUUGAACUAAGUACAUUCCAGUACAUUGCAAUGUGAAAUACCUUUGGAUAAUAUUUUCUAAAUUUAUGUAAUACUUUAAAAAUUAGUGACUUGAAUAUGUGAAGAACUAUUCAUGGUCAUUUGCAUAGAAUUUGACAUUAAAGGGUUUUAAGGCAUUUGUUAUUGUUCUAUUAAAAACCACACACACACAUAUCCCUCCAAUUAGAUAUAGAUGAAAGAUGGUGUUCAAAAAUUCUUAGUUAUUUUGGCCAAUUCCUCAUAGGCAUAGGCAAGGAAAACUAGCCUUGCAAAUUCCAUAGUAGGAUAUAGAAGGAAACAGUUGAAAGAGGAAACUGAUAACAGGAAUACAGGACACUUGAAAGAGAAUCUGACGCUGGUCACAUAAUGCAUUAACCUACACAUGGAAUCCGUGGUAACCUGUCAGGUUUUCCUAAGAACUUAGGAAGCUCUCUUCUUCAUCCCAAGUUUUCUAAGCUCUUUUCUCACCUUACCUAAACUAUUCCUCACCUUUCAUGGGGCUGGCGAGGGUAGAAGUCAAUAUUAAGCUUUAUACUCCUGCAGACAUGCUUCCUGUUUUCGUUGAAGGGUUUCGUGGUCUAGCACUGCUCCUGGAUAAACAAGGAAGCAGGCAUGUCAGAUGGGUCCUCAGUACGCCCUCGUCCUAGCUUCACUUUCCCAAGUUUCAAAAGUCACAUUUUCAGGGAUUUAAGGAAUAAUUGGAAAAUAAUACCAUCAGGCUCACAUUCUAUAUGCAUUUUCACUUAGCUGAAAGGGGGUGAGUGGCGGUUUCAAUAAAAUUUUACAUAAAAACA